AAUUAAACUAACGUUGUACAGUUUCAGGCAUGGUCAUUUUGUUAAGAGCGUUCUGCAGUUCUGUGGGGCAUGGAUUUAGCUGUAUAUGAGGAUUGCAAGCAGUCGAGUUGUUAAUUUUAAUGCGUGGAAAUCCAUAAUUUGUAUCACAUUUUUCUAAACUCAUUCAAGGAAGCAUAAGUUUCAAAAAUAUUAGUGUAUACUCAUUUUUAGCUAAAGCAUGGGACUAUUUUGGUAGUUGCCAAAUAAGUACUGAGAUGCCUACAACUAAUACUAGGACAACAUAAGGGGAACAACGCUAAAGGAACUGUCUAUUUGUACAUUACAGGCUUUUUUAUGAUCUUAUAAAGUCGUUUAUUUGAAGAAAGAGGGAUAGGUUUACGUAACUAGGAAACAUAUUCCUAAUCCCAGCUGUGAAAGAAUUCUUCCUUUUCUUGAAUUUCAGGGCUAACGUAACCUAGCUACGAUCUUUCCUCCCUUUUCUUGUUUAAUUCAACGAUUAAAACCCAAUGGACAUUCAGAACCUGAUUCUUCUUGAGUUAACGGGUGAAAGUUAUUUUAAAUCAGAUAAAUUGGCUGAAAAGCUUGGAGUCGAUCAUCAAGUAGUUGUUGGAGGAAUAAAAAGUUUGGAAAACUAUAGUGGGAUAAUAGAUUGUAAAGAUGUGGUCGAGGUUAUUUUACAGUUAACAGAUGAAGGUGAUGAGAUUCUAAAUAGUGGUAGUCAUGAGUACAGAGUAUACUGUGCUAUUCCAGAAUCAGGGAUACCACAAAGUGAUAUUUUGAAAAUGUUUCCAGGUGCUAAAAUAGGUAUUAGCAAAGCCCUUUCGUCGAAGUGGGUAUCACUAGUUAAGAAUGAAGCUGGUGUACCUUAUUUGUAUCGUUUGAUUCCAGAAGUCAAGGAUGAUGUACAACAUUUAUUGUUAGAUGUAAAAGAGUCUAAACGUCCUCUAUCAGAUAACGAGAAGUCCCAAUUGAAAAAACGAAAACUAGUUACCGAAUCAAAGCGCACAUCCUACUUGGUACGAAAAGGCCCAUCAUUUUCAACAAAUAUAAGAUCUGAAGAAACAGAUUUAUCAUCUGAGUUGCUUUCCAGUGGGGAAUGGCAAACAGCUCAAUUUAAGGCUUAUAACUUUUACUCUCUUGGUGCCGCUUUACCAUCUGGACAUCUUCAUCCUCUUCUGCGUGUACGCUCAGAAUUCUGUAGGAUACUUUGUGAUAUGGGGUUUUCAGAAAUGCCUACGAACAAUUAUGUUGAGUGCAGUUUUUGGAAUUUCGAUAGUCUUUUUCAACCACAACAACAUCCUGCUCGAGAUUCUCAUGAUACAUUUUUCCUUGCAGAUCCUGAGAUUUCAGAUAUCAACAAUACAGUUGAAUCUUGUUACAUUGAUAAAGUUCGUACUGUGCAUAGUCAAGGUGCUUUUGGUAGUCGAGGCUAUCAGUCACCAUGGCUAAUAGAGGAAGCGGAGAAAAAUUUGUUGCGUACACAUACAACAGCAGUGAGCGCCCGAAUGCUUCAUGCAUUAUCUAAAAAGAAUCCAUUUACUCCAGCUAAAUAUUACAGUAUUGAUCGUGUAUUUCGAAAUGAAAAUCUGGACGCUACUCAUUUGGCAGAAUUUCAUCAAGUUGAAGGUCUAGUCGCUGACUUUGGUCUUAGCUUAGGCCAUUUGAAAACUGUAAUUCGAACUUUCUUUUCAAAGUUAGGACUUACGCAACUGAGAUUUAAACCAGCAUACAAUCCAUAUACUGAACCGAGUAUGGAAAUUUUUAGUUAUCAUCCUGGUCUCAAGAAGUGGGUAGAAAUAGGUAAUUCUGGACUAUUUCGUCCGGAAAUGCUUAGACCAAUGGGGUUACCUGAAGGAUUGUCUGUUAUAGCUUGGGGAUUGUCUCUGGAACGUCCAACUAUGAUUCGAUAUGGUUAUAAAAAUAUUCGUGAUUUAAUUGGUCCAAAAAUUGAUCUUAAUAUGAUAUACAAGGCACCAUUGUGUCGAAUGUAUAAGUGUUAGCGCCUGGUCUCAUACUAUUUAAUAUCGUCUUCUUAAAUUAUAUGGAACAGUCUAUUUAAUUGCAGGGAUGUUCAGCAUCUUAUCAAUAAAUUAACGGGCUACGAUGUGCUUCUGACCGAAUGAUUCUUUGAGAGACUCUAACGUCUUGGGACAGCCUUUUGGUUCAAACAAGACACAGUGAACAAUAGUAGCCUUGGCUUCAUCAUCACCAUACUGAAUCAAAUGGUUUAACCUAGAUUGGCAUCCAACGUUUUCAUUGAAGCAGUCUUCGAAAUUCUGUAUGAAACUAAAAUAGUCCAUGGGAUUACCAUCAAACUUUAUGAUCUUUCUUUGGUAGGUCUGAAGUUUUAGAUAUCAUUGUCUUUUCCAGUAGGGAGAUUAACUCCACGUGAGGCAAUUGUAGACUCGUACGGCAUCACCUUGUCAGCCAUAACUUGACUAUAAUGUUCUCUUCCUCUUUGACGUAACCUAUCCAGUUCAAUUUCUUUUCUGUCUGAGCUAAGCGUACUUUAGCUAAUUCUAACUCUAACGAGGAAGCCAUUCAGUAGCCAUCUCCUUCAAACUGGUCAUCACUAUGAGUUUUUAGAUAGUGGUGAGACAGUUCAGGAAUCUGAUCAGCCUUAUGAUUCUUCUCCGUCGACAUUUAACAGCACUCAAGGUAUGAAUUUCUAAUGAGAUAAUGGUCGGAGCUUUGUAGGAUUUAAUUAGUCCUACAAGUACUCUACCGGUACUAUAAACGCGAAACUAACGAUCCAGAGUCUAUGUGAAAGCUAUAGUCAGAACAAAGACAACUUGGCUUUAAACUUGAUCUGUUCAAAACGUAAAAGUAACAAUUUGAUUAAUACAAUAAUUAAAGGAAUUAUAGUCGUUAAGUGAAACGCUCAAAACUUUCGACGAGUAUUGCGUGUCUGAUCGAAACGAAUAAAAAAUGUGAGUUGUAGUCACACAGGUAUGAUAGAACAAUGAUAUCCUUUAAUCGGUAGGUCAUAUGCAACAGGAAUAGUCUACAGGCACACCAGAUCAGGUUGACGUGCUAGGUAGCAGCAACUUAAUUGGUUCGUUAUAGACAUAACUAACAUUAUUGAUCCUGUGUUGUUGAAGCAUCCAAGUUUAAUUUUUACGGAUUCUUUUGUUACGAAUAAUGUAAAUAAGAAAUUACUUCCAGUUCAUUAAAAUUUACAAAGUAAACAAUUUGUUUCUGUUAAGCAAUAAGCUAUAUAUAAUAACUCGAGCUAACAUUUUAUUCCGAACACCUUGUCGCCAUUCCUAAAUGAAUACUCCCCUUGGUUGCACUGUUACUACAUCUUCCAGUUAAUUGGUUAAGUUGUUCGACUCACUGAACUGUGGUGUUAAAUAAAAUAGGUCUCACAUUGAUGCAACAGGUAACAAUUCCAUAUAUAAAAUAUCUUGUUAAAACUUUCAUUUUUCACUAUAUUGAAAGUAAAUUGGUCAGAUAUAAUUGCUUCUAUUGUUUACAUUAGUUGUAUUGUCUUAAUUUUCCCUUAUGUUUUCUCUAUUUUAGAGUCUUAUUCCAUUGUGAUUUAAUUUUUGGCAUCGGUUGUUCUUGCAAACUUUUGGAAGAUAUUUUGCAUGUCUGUAAAUGUACUUUGCUGUACGUACUAUUGAAUAUCCUUGAUAAGAUUAUAGAAAGCCAAUUAUUUCUAACUUGAAAGUUUGCUUGUCUGCUUUGUAAUUUCAACCGUUAUGAUGUAACAUUUGUAUCUUGAGUCAAUGACUUACUAGUGUAAACGGUCGAUAGGUUCAGACCCAACUCCACCUUACACAUUAAACUAUUGGUGGUGUAUUUGACCACUACCUAAACUCUUUUUCAAUCUCUAUCAUGAUUAUCAUUAUCACAAAAUAUCGGUGUCUUCCAGUACUAAUAAAUUCUAUAGGUAGUUAGAUUAUUAGUCGAGUUUUCCAAUCACAUGUCGAAACCAAGUGGGUCGUGUUAGGUUCUAUCAUACUUAAGAAGUCGAUUGUAUGCGUAAAAUGUUUUGAAGGUACUUAAUCAGGAAAACUUUUGAUUUUUCUGUCUUACUACAUUCUAUAAUCCCUUACUUUUGUGUCAGUGUUAACUAACAUCUGGGAUAUCCCACUGUAUGUUCGUUCAGUCAGGCUAAUUGCUUAUUAUAACCAUGCAAUAAUAUGUCGAUCGUGUUGUUGCUUUCUACUGUACUCUACUCGCCCGAUAAUUUCAUAGUUGUUCGAUACCAGAUGAAUUCGCGUAACCUG